GUCGCGACGGCAUUUACUAGUUAGUUUAUGCCCAUAAAAUGACGACGUCGGCAUCCGAUAAGGCGGCACGCUGUCUACAACUAUUUAUUUUAGUCGCCGCUUUAGUGAGGUGCAAUGCUGGAUACGAGAGUAUUAUUGGAGCAGAAAUUCCCAACUUUACAAGCCCCAUUACUAAUGUCACCGUUCCACUCGGAAGAGAAGCCAUUAUGGAAUGCGCAAUAGAUAAGUUAUCAGCAUUUAAAGUCGCCUGGUUAAGGGUAGAUACCCAAACUAUUUUAACCAUUCACAACCACGUUAUCACCAAGAACCACCGCAUCGCCGUAACCCAUUUGGAACAUAAAAACUGGUACUUACACAUAAGGGAUGUAAAAAGAUCCGAUAUGGGCUGGUAUAUGUGCCAGAUAAAUACUGAUCCAAUGAAGAGCCAAGUGGGAUAUCUUAAUGUUGUUGUCCCUCCCGACAUUCUGGACUAUGCUACCAGUACAGAUAUGGUGGCCAGAGAGGGAACAAAUGUUACGAUUCAAUGUACGGCCACUGGAUCUCCUAUGCCAAUAAUUUCCUGGAGAAGAGAAGGUGGGGAACCAAUAACAUUAAGUAAUGGAAAAGAAGUAUUAAAUUGGGAAGGACCAAUGUUAAAUAUUACAAAAGUGAAUAGGCUACAUAUGGGUGCUUAUUUGUGCAUUGCCUCAAACGGUGUACCACCAUCUAUCAGUAAAAGGAUUAUGCUUGUUGUGCAUUUUCCCCCAAUGAUAUGGAUACAAAAUCAGUUGGUUGGUGGAAGGGAAGGAGAGAAAAUUAUAUUAGAAUGUCAUUCCGAAGCUUAUCCAAAAUCAAUAAAUUAUUGGACGAAUGUUGAUGGUAAAAUAAUUACACAAGGUUCGAAAUUUGAGCCGGUUAUUGUAGAUAACAUGUAUAAAGUUUACAUGAAACUUACCAUAAAAAAUGUAAGUCACAGUGAUUUUGGAACGUAUAAAUGUUUAGCGAAAAACUCGUUGGGGGAUACCGACGGCGCAAUUAAAUUAUACUAUUUACCAACACCUUCUACGGUAAAUCCAGUAACUUUUAAGACUGAAAGGACCACUCCUAGAGCAAUACGUGGUCCAAAUAAAACAACCGAUGAUACAAAAGAACUAGAAUCUAAAAGAAUAAAUGAAGUGGAAAAACCAGCACUGCAGAAAAACAUUGAGAUUUUCGAUCACACCAACCAAAGCGAUAUGUCAACCUUAGAGGUCCUCUCAGCCUCUUCAACAGCUACAAUCUUAAGUAAUCAUAGCAAUAUUAUAUCGACACUAGUUAUCCAUUUUAUCACAAAACUUCUUGUUACAAAUAUUAAGUUAUAAUCGGACUGAGGAAAUGUUAUAUAUUGUAAAUAAAAUUGUACAAAGGAAAGAAUAAAUAUAUGUCAAAAUUU